CUUUUGUGUCUAGUUUAUGGAAAGAGCAAAGCCUGUCCCCUCUGUAACACUGAGAUGCCAAACAGACAGGUGUGGGUGUCAGACCAGGUGACUCUGAAAUGCCUCUGUUCCAGUACUUAUUGUUAAAGGCAUUGGAGAAGGAUCAUGGAGUUCCUGCCGCCCUUCCAGCGCGUGCUGCAGCCCGAGGAGAUGUGGCUCUACAAAAAGCCCUACGUCGAAGCGGACCACGUCCCCACCGUCUUCAUGUUUUUCAUCGCAUUUCUGUCUCCCUUGUUGCUCAUCCUGCUGGCGAGGCUGUUCAUGGGCGCUGACCACGAGGACACGAGGGAAGCCUGCCUUGCUGCCAGCCUUGCUCUUGCCCUGAACGGGGUUUUCACCAACGCCCUGAAGCUCGUUGUGGGGAGGCCACGGCCCGACUUCUUGCAGCGCUGCUUCCCGGACGGCCGAGCCAACGCCGAGCUGCUGUGCACGGGGGACGCCCGCAGGGUGACCGAGGGCCGCAAGAGCUUCCCCAGCGGGCACGCCUCCUUUGCCUUUGCUGGUCUUGCCUUCUCCGCCUUCUACCUGGCAGGGAAGCUGCACAGCUUCGUUCCAGGCCGGGGGGGCCGGGCCCUGCGCUUCUGUGCCUUCCUCCUCCCCCUCUUCCUCGCCACCCUCAUCGGCGUGUCCCGCACCUGCGACUACAAGCACCACUGGGAAGAUGUGCUGGCUGGCUCAGUGAUGGGCUUGGUGCUCGCCUACCUGUGCUACAGGCAGUACUACCCUCCCCUGACAGACACCACGUGCCACAAACCAUCCCUGGCCAAGCCCAAAGCGCUGCCAGCACACGAGGAGAAGCCUCCAGCCCCCGGCUUCCACAUGAACAUUUAGUGCCAGGCUCUGUCCUGCCUCUCCUGGGUGCCAGGGCAGGGGGAGGCUGCUCAGGAGGAGUGAGGAUGAGCCCCUGGGCAGGUGUUCCCUGCCAAGCUGGUGAGUUUCCUGCCCUGGCCCUUGUGUUGCUUCAUUUCAUUGAAUUUUGUAGGCCACCCCUCUUCAGGCCCACUGUGGAGCAAGGGAGGCACUCGGGGUGCCAACCUGCACAAAGACAGUUGGGGUGUGAAGGUCCUGAACACAAACUGGGGAAAUGUGACAGCCCAGUGUGUCCAGUGUGGUGGCAGUUCUUGUGGCCAGUCCAGGAAGCACCAUUGGCCACCUCCCUGCAGUCCAGCCGAGCUGUCCCAGCCCUUCUCCUGGGAAAUGAAGUGCAGGACCUGCCAACUUGGAGCUUUUCUAAUUUCCCAAAUAAAGGAGUUUAAUUUUUGUAA